UCAAAGAGCUGGAUGGAUCACACAGGGCAGAUUAUCUUCUAUGAGGACAAGAACUUCUCUGGACGCCAUCUUGAGUGCAGCAAUGACUGUGCGGACUUGAUGUGCCUCCUCAGCUGCUGCAACUCCAUCAGGGUGGAGAAUGGCUGCUUCAUGAUCUAUGAGAAACCCAACUAUACUGGCAACCAGUACUACCUGAGGAGGGGGGAGUAUCCUGACUUCCACCACUGGAUGGGUGUCAACGACUGCGUCAGCUCCUGUCGCAUCAUCCCCAUGGAGCCUGGCUCAUUCAACAUGCGCCUGUAUGAGCGAAUCGAGUUCGGAGGCCAGAUGAUGGACCUGGUGGACGAUUGUCCCAGCGUCAUGGACCGCUUCCACAUAAAUGACAUCUUCUCCUGCAACGUUACCAACGGCAACUGGCUCUUCUAUGAGCACCCCAACUACCGGGGCCGGAUGUACCUGAUAAGGCCCGGAGAGUACAAGAGGUUCAGUGAGUGGGGCGGCAGGAGCGCCAGAGUUGGCUCCAUCAGACGCAUCAUGGACUAUUGA